AUGGCCCACCGCGCAACAUUUCUCGUGCUCGGCGCCACUGGCGGGACAGGCAAACACUUCGUCAUCCAAGCUCUUCAAGACGGCCACAAAGUGCGAGCGCUCGUUAGGACACCCGACAAACUUCCCAGCGAAGUCCGAGACAACAAGGACCUUCAGAUCUUGCAAGGCUCCAUCACCGACGACACACUCGACACCGACGGACUGGUGGCCGGAGUCGACUACCGUCUCGAUGCUCGGGGACGUGAACGCACAACGACGCGCCAAGAUCAACACGGCAUUCGUGAAGAAGCUGAUCCCCUCCAUGCGGCGACACAACGCCAGCUGCCGUGGCUUCUUUGGGCCAUUCGCUAUACCGUUGCUCGCGGCUACGGCGGGCAACACGAAGACAACGAGGUUGUGCACGAAUACCUGACGACUGAGGCGAAGGACAUUGAGUGGAGCGUCCAUCUCGCGGGCAUAGGUUCGGACGGGCCUUCAAAGGGCACACUGGAGCGGUCGGAGACCCAGUUCAGCAUCGGGACGCACAAGGACUGCGCUGCGUACAACUACCGCACCGUCAUGGACCCCUCCGCCGUGCAUACGUGCCAGUUCAGUCACUAUGCCAGGAAGUGA